GACCUUAUGCGCAUGCUACCAACGUGCAAAUCAUAGAGUACCCCGUCGCAGACGCAGUAACUGAUUUUAACCCCCAUAUCAACCUGUUAUUGUGCCGUAAGAUCGAAAACUGGAAUCCAGCUGACAUAUUUUUGAAAAGGCCUGGUUUAAGCUUAGGACAUUCUUCAGUCUGACUUCUGACUGUAUCAAGGUCGGAAGCAUGAAUGCCCUCAGAAGACUCACCUUGACAGAGACGAUAAGGAGGGGGUUUCUUCAAGGUACUGUUGCUCCACCCUGCAAGGUCUGCAGAAACCCUGCUCUUCCCUUGUCAACCUUGCCUGAUACAGGAAUCAAGAUGCUAGCAUGGCAGAUCGAUGACUACGGUGGAAUAGAUCGGUUUAAACUUGUUGAGAAACCUGUCCCCAUAAUCACCAAGCCUGAUCAGGUGUUGAUUAAAGUCCAUGCGUCAAGCAUCAACCCUUUAGAUAUUCGAAUGCGAGGUGGCUAUGGUGCUAGGUUGUUCAACCGGGCGCGAGGUGUUAGUAAAGCUGGUGAUGAGCUUCCGUUGACUCUCGGUCGCGACUGCUCUGGAGUGGUCGUGGACAUGGGUCGACUCGUAAAGGGGAUUGAUAUCGGCCAAGCGGUCUGGGCCAAUGUCCACGCAGCGAGCCAAGGUUCCCAUGCACAGUACAUCCUGGUGACGAAGAACGACCUCUCAAGAAAGCCAGAGAAUCUAACCCAUGUUGAAGCUGCUUCUAUAAACUACGCAGCUAUCACCACGUGGAGUGCAGUCUAUGCAGUGGCGAAGAUCAGACCCGAGAAUGCCACAGACAAGCGAGUGUUGAUUCUUGGAGGAUCUGGCGGUAUAGGAUCAUUCGCCAUACAGCUCAUGAAAGCUUGGGGCGCUCAUGUCACCACAACUUGCAGUGCAUCAGCCACAGAAUUUGUCUCCAAACUCAAACCCCACCAUAUUGUUGACUACAAAAGACCGGAUGUGGAGUCGGAACUGAAACGUAUCGGCCCUUUUGACUUCAUCCUUGACACCGUCGGAGGAGACACAGAACAAUAUGCCAUGAAGGCCCUGAAUAAGGGAUCGCAGUAUGUCACGCUUGUCUCACCCCUCAUGUUGGAAACUGACAAGCAUGGUUUAGUACGAGGUAGUCUCUCUUCGAGCUGGGUUCUCUUCAACAAAAACAUGCAAGCCAACAAAUACGGUGGGAAGUACCGAUGGUCCUUCGCUCAUCCAAGCACCUACGCUCUGAACGAGGUUGCAAAAUUGGUGGAACAUGAUUUGAUACGGCCAUGCGUGGAAAAGGUCUUUCCUUUUACAGAACUACCUGAUGCGUUUGCAAAUAUUGAGACAAGGAGUGCGAGAGGGAAGACUGUUGUGAAUGUUGUAGGACAAGAAUUGAAGGUUCCAAAGUCAGCUGAUUUCUACAUGUCAUAAUACAUGUAUAUUAUAUACCUAUAAAUGUAAUUCAUGAGUAUUGAACAUAAUAUCAAUUGCCUAUUAACACCCUUCUAUAUUUUGCAAGGUCUCUAUUAAUUUAUUUUCAAGACAACCUCAACUAUGGUGGUACCUGUUUCGGCUCUAAUUUGAUAUUAGUCUACAUGUAGAUAUUGCAAGAAACUUGCUAUCAAUUGCAAUUCAAUGUUAGCUCCUAAAAUCAAUGACAAGUCUUUGAUUAUUUUCAAAUUUGCAAUUGAUUGCUUGUCAGCUUCUUGCAUCAACAAACAUGAAUUGAUUUGCUUUAGUUGAAACUGAUUUAUCACUUUUAAAUUUGCAACUGAUAUUUGCAAUUGAUUACAAGACCCUGUAAGACCCUUUUGGGCUGAUUUUCUCUCUCAAAUAUUAAAAUGUGAAACACACUUCGGGGUUUCCUACUUUAAAGAUAAAGUGUAAUGUAAUUAUCUAUCUAUUUGUCUUGUACCAGAGAGUAACAUGAAUUUGUAAAAUGAUCUUAUAGAAACGUAAUAAAUUUGCACAGAGAUGAUAGGCAAUUUCAGGAUGAGAAAACAAAAGUACAAGAUGAUUGUUCAAGUUGAAACAAGGACUGGAUCUUGUCAAGUCAACUUUCUCAGGUUAAAAGACAUGAUGACAACAUGUCCUGGCCACUGUAAAGUCAAUUUGAAGAGAUGCUCCUCGUCUCCUAUCCUAUCAAAGCUUGUCUGAUAAGGCCACUUUGUCAAAAGUAUGUGCUGUGUCUUUUAGCUGGGAUCUUUUAUGAGGGCGCUGUGCAUCUUUUCGUAUUAGGUCCAAAACUGACAGUAUCAUUGUAACCCUAAGAAUUUUUUAGACUUUUUAAGAUCUUGAAGUUAGCAUUUCUAAUCUGCACUUGUGAUAUUCACAAUCACAACACAUUUACAAAUCAGAAUCAUCUUUUUUUCAAGGAAGAAAGUUAUCAGUUAGUGACAGUAGUUGAUUUUAAAGAAUUUCAGGUUAUGCAAAUCGAUUCAACCAAUAUUGUGUGUGGCAGUAGGUAAAAUAAUGUCCGUUUUAUGGUGUGCAUGGUUGUUUUGUCUUGUUGAAUAUGAUAUGUGGAGCGUUGUGGCCCAGUGGAUUAGUCUUCUGACUUUGAAACAGAGGGUCGUGGGUUCGAAUCCCAGCCAUGGCGUAAUUUCUUUCAGCAAGAAAUUCAUCCACAUUGUGCUGCACUCAACCCAGGUGAGGUGAAUGGGUACCUGGCAGGAAUUUAUUCCUUGAAAUGCGUGUGCGCUGUAAUCUUAGUAAUUACGGCUGCCAAGCUACAGCCGGGGUAAUAAUAUCCAAGUCCUUCAGAAGCGCGCGCAUAGACAUUAUUCAUAAUGUGAUAUGCGCUAUACAAGAACUGUAUAUUAUUAUUAUUAUUCACAAGUGGUGUACAUCUACAUGUUGAAUUUACAAUCUUUGUCAGUGACAGGUGCUUGUGUUUGAAAUUAAGGAGUACAGUUUCAUUAGCAAACAUCUAGAUAUCAUCAAUUUAUGAAAUACAUGUAGCUCAAGUUAUCAUUGGUUUAUUCUGAAAUAUUGUGCAGGCAGUGUUUACUUCAGCUUGGGAAAAAUGUGAAGGGGUGGGGGGCAGGGGUGAGUUGGAUACAUGUUCAUGUCGAUUUAUCGUUUUAUUUUUACCUUCUCCUUCAACCAAUGUGAGUUUGAAUUUAUAGAAGGCAAGGAUUUACAUGCGUGGGAUAGUUUCCUCUGAUGCAGUUUCGUUUUCUUGAAUGUUAUCAUGAAAAGUGUGACAUUGUGUAUAUUGUAUCAUGCAAUUCAUCAAAAGAUUCACAGCAAAAUGACUAGAGUUUGAAAUACCGUAAUCCAACAUAAUUUUGCAAUAUAAUUUGACUCGCAUAUAAAAAAUUUGGGGAAAUUAUUAUUUUAAGAAAUUUUGGUAAACAAUUUCGGUACAGUUUCCAGUUUUCUGUGAUACAGAAAAAAAUGGAGGGAAAAAUCACUGGUUUCAGGAAGAUCAAAAAAUCUACAGAUUUUCACAGAUAAUGCAAUCAAAGCAAAAUCCAAUAAAUAAUACUGUGAAUGAGUGUAAAAUGUGCUCAUUAAACCUGUUUGAAGUAUUCAGCAUCGGUUUCACCAGCUGUCUGCAUGGAAAUUUAUAUUUUUCAAAGAAUUUCACUACCCGUAAUUAAAAAGUUCUUAUGUGUAUUACUAUUUGUACAUGUUGCCGAACCACAUAGAAUGUGACUUUUAGAGCACCAAAUAAUACAGAAUAUGCAUUAUAGAAUACAGAAAAUUGAUGUCUCUAGACCCCCCCCCCCCCCCCUCUCUGCCUAAAGCUAGACUUUGUGUAGUUGUUAAACAAUCUACCAUAGGUCUACAUGUAAUUCUAUGUGAUUGUUUGUUGAGAACUUGAGACACAAAGCGCAUCUGUUACAGAUGACAGAUAGUGGCCAUGCUAAUAUCUAGAAUCAAUGUGAAUAAUCAUUGUGUAAUGUAUUUUGCUUGAAACGGCUCAUCUUAUGACAAAUUAAAUUGAUUUGAUAAUUUAGUAAAAAAAAGUAUGUUUACCUGUGCCCUGGCUUUUUAUCAAUUUGUAUGAAAGUGGGGAACGAGAGAAUGGAUAAAGUUUGAAAGAAAGUUUUUCAAAAUUAUAUGUAAAAUAAGAAAGUUCAAAGUUUCUCUUGAAUUCAUAAAAACUCUUUUUAUUGACAUCCUGGUCAGAAUUCAAAUGACGGAAUUUGGGAACCUAUGAUGUCACCCACUGACUAUUUUAUUUCUUAUAUGAAAAUGUUUAUGUAUUCAUUGCAAUGUCAUGCAAAGUUUUAUUCUUACCUAAAAAUGUGGAAUUGCCAUUGUGAUCCCAUGAUGAUCUUCGUAAUGAUCAAAUUUACAAAAAUAAUAAUAAAUUGAAUAUAUUCAAAGUGUAUUUUAGAAUUUUUUUUUAUUAAUCACCUUUUAUUCGUAAAAAAGGGAAUCAAAUACAAUAAUAUGCCCAGGUUAUCAGUUCUAAAUGAACGAAAUACAGGGCAACAUAAAUUGAAUACAGUAUAGGUAUACAUAAACAAACAUAAAGCAAGAGAUGAUAAUUAUUUACAUAUCAAACGCGUCAAUUCGAUUCAAAACAAAAUUUAUACUUAGAGUGGUGAGAAGGGGGAAGUAGGGGAUGUGCUAUCCUGUGGUUUAACUUAGGUUGUUCUGAUUUUAAAAUGAGGUCAUUGUACUAACAUAUGGUAUUACAAAAAUAUAUAAAUUAUGCAAUUAUAAAUAUAUAAACAAAUAAAAAGUAAAUUCACAUA